AUGCAGUCCCGGGCAAUCAACGUUCCCGAGCCAACAGUGGAGACCAACAUCGUGCUCAUCCGAACGCCCGAAGGAUUGCAGGGACCUGAUCCUGUGGUCGUGCCUCCUCCGAGACAGCAGCACGUGGUGUACGUGCUCAACAAGCAGUCUGAACACGACCAGAGGGUGAUCGAGGUGACAGCACCACCGCCAUCCGAUCCUGAAGUUUACUUUGUGAACUACGCUGAAGGCGAGAACCCAACUCUUCCUAGCGGAGUGGAUCUACAGAGCGCUCUGGGUGCUGCUACUCAAGGCGGCGGUCAGGUGAUCGGCGACAGCGGCUCUGGUGUCGGGGGAGUCGUAGGCGGUGGUAUUAGUGGCGGUAUCGGAGGUGGCAGCGGCGGAAGCAUUAGUUUGGGAGGAGACGGAGGAUUCGGAGGCAGCAGUGGCUUCAGCAGCUUCGGAGGAAACAGUGGAUUUGGAGGCAGUUUUGGAUCCGGAAGUGGAUUCGGUGGUUCGGGAGGCGGCAGCAUCAGUGGAAGCUACACUCCACCAACCCAGCCCUCAAACCUGUACACUUCACCAUAA